AUGGACUGUCGCAAAUUACUAAAUGCUCUAAUCCAUAUUCACUUGAAUGAUGACUAUGACGAAAGCAUUGUCAACUUUGCUAAGAAUAAUUGCCCCCGGAAUAUCCUCAAUCAAGCAAAGUUUUUGAAAGAGGAGGGCAAUGUUCACUUCAAGAAAGGUGAAGUCGUUCUUGCUGGGGCUAAGUAUAAUAGAGGACUGAAACUCCUAUGUUUUGUAUUGCCAAGAGAUGAAGAUGAUUGUGUUUUUCUAAGGAAUCUUGUCAUAUCCCUUGAGUUAAACCUCGCAGCUUGCGCCUUAAAAGUUCGGGAUUACGAACAAUCAAAGGAACUCUGUUCGCUAGUCAUUAUGCUUGAUGAUAACAACACUAGAGCCCUCUACAGAAGGGCUUUAGCCGAAAUCAGGCUUUACCAACUUGAAGAGGCUUUUGAAGACCUAGGCAAAGCAGUCAAGGCUGAGCCUAACAACCAGGACAUCCGCCGUGAAAUGGAGAAAGUGGAGGGUCUAGGAAGUAAAGCUAGCAAGCUAAAGGGUAAUAGAGCAAUUGAGAAUUCCGACCUGCCACAUGCCAUCUUCAACAAAAAGGGGAAGAUCAGUAAGUCAGAUAUCAGUGUAGAAUCUAACAAGUUAUCUAGUAGUGAUGUUCAGAGUGAUGUUACAGAGUUACCUAACAUGGACACUGCUAGUGAGAUGGCGGUAGAGAACCUUACCCCAAUAGUAACUAAAACUCCUCCUUUGGAUAAAGGGGACGACGAGGCUACCAGCUCCCCAAAGAACCAAGAUUCUAGGCAUGCUAAAGACAAGGGAUCGAGGAAAAUCCAUAUUUUCCUCAACAGAUUGAGAAGCAAAUCAGUCCCUUAA